AUGCAGGAGUCUCCAGGUGCCAUGGGUGUAGAUGGUAGCUACAUCAGCAACGUUCCAGCGUUCCUCACCAAGCUGUGGACCCUGGUGGAGGAUCCAGAUACCAAUCACCUCAUCUGCUGGAGCGCGACUGGGGCCAGUUUCCAUGUGUUUGACCAGGGACGUUUUGCCAAGGAAGUUCUGCCAAAGUAUUUUAAACACAAUAAUAUGGCGAGCUUUGUUCGACAGCUCAACAUGUAUGGUUUCCGUAAGGUGGUGAACAUUGAGCAGAGUGGUUUGGUGAAACCUGAGAGAGAUGACACAGAGUUCCAACAUUUGUAUUUCCUGCAGGGACACGAACACAUGCUGGAGCACAUCAAGAGGAAGGUAUCCAUAGUGAAGAGUGAGGAGACCAAAGUUCGCCAGGAGGACCUCAGUAAACUGCUGUAUGAAGUUCAGCUACUCAGAACACAACAGGACAACAUGGAGUGUCAGAUGCAGGACAUGAAACAGCAGAAUGAAGUGCUGUGGAGAGAGGUGGUCUCACUGAGACAGAAUCACAUGCAGCAGCAAAAAGUUAUAAACAAGCUGAUUCGGUUUCUGCUCAACCAGAUGCAGUCCAACACACCCAGCACUGUUGGCUUAAAGCGAAAGUUACCCCUGAUGUUGGACGAUGGCUCCCCCAGCCCACCUAGUACCUCCAAGUUCAGCCAUAGUCACCCAAUGGAGCCAGUGCAGGAGCCCUUCUACAUCCAGCCGCCACCCAGUGACACUGCUUCUUGCUCUAAUAGUGGGCUGACAGGAGGACCAAUCAUUUCAGAUGUUACUGACAUGUCUCAGGCCAGCAUGGCUCUCCAGAUGCAGCCUGAUGACACCCAGGAGAAGUGUAUGAUGUUCAUCAAAGAGGAGCCUGUGAGUCCAGGAGUCAGAGGAGGGAAUGUAGGAGGAGGGGAGGCUGUAGUGUUGACCUCCUCCUCUGAGGUGUGCGCCACAGAACCCCCUGUACUUCCUGUCUCAAUGGUCCAGUCUGUUCUAGAGGGGAGGGGCUCAGCUGCCUCUGUGAUAGAGAGGAUGGGUAACAGACCUAUCGUGGACAGAGUGGAGGUUUCAGAAGCAGUGGAGAACGUGGAUAUGACCCUGGAGGAGCUGCAGCAGCUACUGCUCAGGAGCCAUCAGCAGACUACUGUCGAAGCUGGGACAAGUGUUGUUGUGGAUCCCUUCAGUCUAAGCCUACCUCUGACUGAAUGGAACUUCACAGGGAUGGAGCCCAACCUCAAAUCACACAUGUUCCACAACCAGGAAGUGGAGGUUUUUCCAGCUGCCAGCUCUGAGGAGCAGUGAUCUGUGCUGCAGAUGGUCUUUUCUAAAGUGGAAGGGCACAGAAGCUGCUGCCCCCUCAUUAUUUGACUCUACGUGAGUGAGUUUGAGCUCCCACAGUCCUGCCAGGCUGUUUAUUAUAUGUGACUCCACUUUCCUUCUUUAUAUCUACAUAGCAACAAAAUGGUAAAGCCUGAAUAGCUGACUGCCAUCAAACCUAUCACUUACAAAUUCUGUGGGUAUGACUGCAUGAGAAAAGAUGUUAGUUUUUCCUACUAUACCCAAACAAACACGUCUUACGACAUGAUUAUAUUUAAACUCUGAUAGUAAACAGUUGGAUGCAGACAGUGCAUUCUUGGCUUCAGCACUUUAGUCUUUGUGUGAGAGGGAGUUUCCUGCUUGUGGACCUUUAAAUAAAUAUAAAAUAUGUAAAUGUAUGAAUAAAUAUAAAAUAUAAGUAUGUUGAUGGAAUUGUGUUAGGCUACCAAGAUAUACGGUGGAAGAUUCAUGGAUUCAAGCCUCUCUAAAAAUCCAUUAAGAGAUGAUUAGUUUUUUGAAGUACAUCAUGACAGGAUGCUUUACACACUUCAGCACCCAUCUCAUGUAUUGUUACACAGGCCUUACAUAUGUCCAAUGUGACGAUUUAAGAAAAUAUUACAAGAUAAACAUCUCAUUUGACAAGGCAUGAAAGCCACUGCAUUUUAUGCACAAUCUGUAUCACUACUUGUAUAUAAUUAUAACAACAGGGCAUUAAUAGUAGCCUAUUUUUUGUUUAUAAAUGACCAACACUGUAUUUCUCUACACAUGUAUUUGAACAAGAUAAUGAUCUUAAUGGCCUUAAUCACAGGAUUUUUCCAAAACUCAAAAGCAAAACUUAGUCUUAGGGACAUGACGUCUCUGAAUGUCUGUAGAAACAAAGGUGACGUGUUGAAUUUAAUUGACUUGAGUGUGCAGAAAUCUGAGAAACAGCCAAGACAGUGGGAUGCUGUUUUUCAUAUUUUGUAAAAAGAUUAUUCAAAUGUGUAGGAGGCAGUCUUUCAAAAGAUUUCAUUAUCUGACUGUGUAAAUGUACGGUGGGGUGGUUACUUGAGAAUUUAAUCUGUUAUAGAUCUGUUUGAAGAAAUGCAUAUUAAUUCUCUUCAUGGCUACAAAUCAUUAAUAACUCUAUAAUUUUAUUAGAUGUAUAAUACUAGUCCUCACUUCUGGUUGCAGGAAGCAGUUGCAAGGUUAUUUAGUGCUAAAUGUGAAAAACAAAUUACUUAUAGAUAACUUUUUAAUGCAAACUAUACCAUGCAUUUAUUUUUUUUCCAAGGUGAACAUUUUUGUUACAGACCACCUUUCUCUGUGCAUGGUUAAAGGAGAAGGGAGAAAAAGCAAGCUGUGAUGUAAACAAGUGAAAUUGCACUAAAAAUCACAGUUGUGAUAUUUGAGAGUAUAUAGUACCUUUUAGACCCAGCAGUUUACUUGUUAAUGGUUUCUUCAAGGAGUGAUGAAUACACACAUUCAGCUGCUGUUGUGUUCUUAAUUUAUCGUUUUCCAUUUUAACAGUUUGCACCGAAAAUUAAUGUCUGUGUGUUUUGCUGUAUUGAUUUGAUAUAGUAGAUAAAGAAAUAUUUUUUCUCACUGAUUGCAAAGAACUUUACUGUAACCAAGUUUGGCAAAAAGCACCUCUGCACUGUGAAUGGAUGACAAUACAGUAUAUUGGCACAUGUAAACACUGUAAAAAAAAAUCAGCAAAACUUAGUCAGCAAACCCUUUCUUGUUGCAACGAGUACACUUGCUCUCAGCAAAGACACAGUGAUGAUGUUAGUGCUUCAGUGCUUCUGAAAUAGAGCCACAGUUUGCUGAAAAUUUGUUAUUUCAAAGACUAAAGUGUAUUUUUACAGAAAGUCAAAGACACUGAACAUGUAUUCCAUUUGUGCAUGAAAUAUUUAAAUUGUUAAAGCAAAUAAAAGUGAAAGAAAGCAGACCAGACAUUUUUG